CCGGGCUGGCAGCAGUGUUCCCGGCGACGCUCAGAUUUUGCGGUUUCGCCACAAUUUUAGAUCCGUUUUGUCCUUAAAUGGAACAACGACUUUUAUCUCCACCCAAACACGCCGCGGUUAAAUGGUGAUGUCGGUGUUAAAAUAAAGAAGGUUUAGACUCCGGGAUAAAGUGACGCGCUCCUCGGCUAGGACGUAGCCGCUGAGAAAAGAGAUCUGGUUGUCCUGCUGCACAGAAGACUUUCCGCCUGCAACUCUCACCUUCAGCAGCAAGUCAAUAUCUCACUGAGCAGUGACAAGUGCGUCAUCAUUGCGCUCCUGGUUUGAUUCCCCUCCAGCAAGGACUUCAUCUGUGAAGAUGAAGUUAAAGGAGGACAUGAACCCCCUGCUACUGCAGGUGUUCCGCUCUGUCGUCUGGGUCUACUCUGUCAUCACCUUCAUACCCUGGUACUUCUUCUCCGGAGCUGGCAAUAAUUUGGAACAGGCACGGCGCAUGAAGGCGCGCUCAGUGAGCAGACACCCAGCGGGUCCCUACAGGGCCAUCAACAGCCAAGAGAAGCUGGUAGCAUGGCUGCACCCUGGGGUGGACACCCUGGACAAAAUGUUUGAACACGCUGCGAAGAAGUUUCCACAGAGAGACUGUCUGGGCACCAGGGAGACGCUCAGUGAGGAGGACGAGAUCCAGCGUAACGGGAAGAUCUUCAAGAAGGUAAUCCUGGGCAACUAUAACUGGCUAUCAUACGAAGAAGCCUACCAGGCCUCAAAGUGUUUUGGCAGCGGCCUUGCGUCUCUCGGCCAGAGGCCUCUGUGUAAGAUCGCCAUCUUCUGUGAGACCAGAGCCGAGUGGGUGGUCGCAGCACAAGCCUGCUUCAUGUACAAUUUCCCACUUGUGACGCUGUACUCCACCCUUGGACCCACGGCUAUCGCCCACGGCCUGAAUGAGACCGAGGUGACGCAUAUCAUCACAAGCAAAGACCUGCUUCAUAGCCGACUUAAGGCCAUAAUGUGUGAUGUGCCGAGGCUGAAGUACGUCAUUGUAGUGGACAGUAAACCCACAAGCUGGCCCGACAUCCCCAGAGGCAUCAUGGUCUACAACAUGGAUGCUGUGAAGGAGAUGGGAUCCAAGCCGGACAAUAUGGCUGUCGGGCGCAGACAGCCACAGUCCUCAGACAUCGCUGUCAUCAUGUACACCAGCGGCUCCACAGGCAUCCCCAAGGGUGUCAUGGUCUCCCACGGCAACAUCAUUGCUGGUAUCACUGGGAUGGCUGAGAGAAUUCCUAACCUCAAUGAGACAGACACCUACAUUGGCUACCUGCCAUUGGCCCAUGUUUUAGAGCUCAGCGCUGAACUGGUGUGCAUCUCUCAUGGCUGUCGCAUCGGUUUCUCCUCCCCUCAGACUCUGGCCGACCAGUCCACCAAGAUAAAGAAGGGCAGUAAAGGAGAUACCAGUGUGCUGAAACCCACUCUCAUGGCUGCUGUACCAGAGAUCAUGGAUCGGAUCUACAAGAAUGUGAUGACCAAAGUGGAGGAGAUGAGCAAGUUCCAGAGGACGCUGUUCGUGCUUGCUUACAACUACAAGAUGGAGCAGAUCUCCAAAGGCUACACCACGCCUCUCUGUGACAGUCUAGUGUUCAAACGGGUGCGUUCGCUGUUGGGAGGCAACACGCGGGUGCUGCUGUCUGGAGGAGCUCCGCUCUCUGCUGCCACACAGCGCUUCAUGAACAUCUGCCUGUGCUGCCCUGUGGGGCAGGGCUACGGCCUGACGGAGACCUGUGGAGCCGGCACUAUCAGCGAGGUUUGGGACUACAGCACAGGACGGGUUGGUGCUCCACUCAUUUGUUCAGAGUUCAAACUUAAGGACUGGCAGGAGGGUGGUUACUUCAGCACAGAUAAGCCCAACCCGCGGGGAGAGAUCGUGAUCGGCGGGCCCAAUGUAACGAUGGGUUACUACAAAAACGAAGCCAAGAACCGUGAUGACUUUUUCGUGGAUGAGAAGGGCCAGAGGUGGUUCUGCACUGGAGACAUUGGGGAGUUCCACUCGGACGGAUGCCUCAAGAUCAUCGAUCGUAAAAAGGACCUGGUGAAGUUGCAGGCAGGCGAGUACGUGUCUCUUGGGAAAGUGGAGGCUGUUUUGAAGAACUGCUCUCUCAUUGACAACAUCUGCGCCUAUGCCAACAGUGACUACUCGUAUGUGAUCAGCUUUGUGGUGCCGAACCACAAGCAGAUGAUGGCGCUGGCGGAGCAGAUGCAGUUGCGGGGCACAUUGGAGGAGCUCUGCAACAACUCACGGAUGGAGGAAAAGGUCCUUGGCAUAAUUACUGAAGCUGCUAUCUCAGCAAAACUGGAGCGUUUUGAGAUCCCCAAGAAGAUCCGGCUGAGUUCUGAGCCCUGGACUCCAGAGACUGGCUUGGUGACCGACGCGUUCAAACUGAAACGCAAGGAGAUCAAAACGCAUUACCUGGAAGACAUUGAGAGAAUGUACGGGGGAAAAUAACACACAGACCCUCUCCGGACCACACACACAAACACAUAUACACAUGUACUUGCACACAUAACCCAAGGAACUCAGAGGCCACUACCAGGACAAACGUGGAGAGGAGCUAUACGUUAGAACAGGUAACCCACACACACACAUCAUAACAGAGAAAACAGGGGAAUUAACUCUUGAAUCCGACUUAAUGCUUUCUGCGACGACCAAAAGGCAAGAAGGUCCCUCGCAAGGCAACGGAACCAGCCAGAUGCACACGGUGCAACACACUCACCACUCCUCUUUGAUGGAUUUCUUUUUAUCCCCUCCGAGUUGCCAUGACAACCGAGGCGGCACACAAAGUCUGAUGUCUGCAUGACUCGGAGCGAAGCAAAUGUCAGACUAGACGAAUCUGGAUCAGUGUCAGCUCGUUCCCAUCCCUCGCCGCCUCCUCUCCGAUCUCUGCUGCUUCUCUUUUCUUCCUCCCCCUUCUCUCUGGAGCCUUCCCCCACUUCAGCAUGGUCGUGGACUUGCAGUGCAGACACCUGGCAGAAGAAAUGAAUAGAAGGAUCCCUCCUGGGCUAUGAUUAAUAUUCAGGUUGGAAUCUAUGCAGGGAUCUCGAUCAUCUUAUUUUUUAAAUACGUGUUGCAAAGUUUCCCUCAUGUUUGGUUUUCAGCUUUGAACCAUGUUCCAUUGGUUGUUUUUGUAUGUGAGGAGUAUGUGUUGUGAAGCCAUGAGAGAUUGAGCAAUGAAGAUGUUUUAAAAUAGUUUUUCCAUGCUGUUAUUUUAUUGUUUUAUUACGAGUGUUAUUUUAUUUUCUUUAUGCUCAUUUUAUUUUAAAGAGCUUUGUUUGUAAGCUUUCUUUCUCCCUUUAUUUGCUCAUAUCCCAAAGGUUGUACAUUCGAGUGUGUGUUUACUGACUUGACUCCAGUCCAAAUCCUACUAUUUUGGGCCCAAAUCAAAUUUUCUCGAUAUCGGAGCAGCGCCCCCUACUGGAUGCCUCACAACCUAAGUCUUUUGGGCUAUUAUUUUGGCAUCAUUGAUCCCCUGAAGACCUUCAGGUAUUAACAUCCGUCCUGAGUGACCUAAUCAAACAUGGACAGUGUUGAGCACAGGUGGGAAUGUGCCCAAAAUGCAUCCUUAACAAAUCCUCAGAUCCAAUCACUCACGUUUGCAUGGGUUGGCGGAAGCUUAUGACCUCAUUAUUUUCGCUGUGUGAAUGCAAUUGCAUCCUGGGCCAGAUAUGAAGGGCCCCCCCGGCUCCUACUCAGCUGACGCCCUCUGACGAGCUACAGUCUCACAAUCUAUCAAACAUGUUUUUAUGCUCCUCGGUGCCAUCAACACAAAUCAACACAUAUAAUUAUUGAUACUUUUCUUGAAUGUUAAAAUUGCUGCAAACCUUCAUUUAAUCAGCCCCUUGUGACUUCACUCGCUCUCUUUCUCUAACUCACGCUAACACAAACAUUUUCAGCGGACACAUCCGCAAACAUAAACUGGGAGAAAACGACAUCACUCAGUCUUUUGUAGCAAAGAUAACAACCGUGUUUAUUUGCACAUAGAGAAGUGAGAAUUGAUCACUGGAGUCACGUUCAGGACUCAUUUUAAAGUCGGGUGUUUACAGGCGUGUGAUCGAAUCUCUCAGGACGGAUGUGAAUACCGGGUGUGAACAGGGUGUUUGAGGUGCAGGAGUCCUGCCCCAUCUGACCAUUGACCCUUGCAUCGUAUGGAUGUCUCUAAUAAGGAAACUCAGCCCACUACAGAAGCAUUUCAUUCCCUUGAUCCUUAAUUUUGUGCGACCCUACAUGUUGCCCCUCUUGCCAUAGGUUUAUUAACUUUUGUUACUUUUAUCCCUUUUUUUUUUUACUUCUGAAUAUGAUAUACAAAAUGAAUGUGCAAUAUUUAUACACAAAAUGUAAAGUGUGUUGGAAGGAUAGUAAUUCACAGACAGCAGCCCCUCCAUAGUGUAUGAAUGUCUAGGCCUGUUACUGUCCACCUCAGUGCAUCAUGGGAAGUCUGUAGGAUACAAAUAAGCCCAGAAAUAUUAAAAGUGACAAAGGUAGAGACACUGAUAAGGAAGUCGAGAUGUAACCCGUUUGAACGCACCAUGCUGAAAGAUGUGAUGUUCUUUCUUCUUUCUUUUUUUUUUACAUGAAACUUGUAAAGUGAAAAACUUUUUGGCAUUGUAGAAAUUGCAUGAUGAAAUGUGUGCAUCCGUACCAAAGCACCUAAAUAUAUACAUUUGUGAGAGACAGAAGCCGGAGAACGGCGCUCCGAUGGAAUCCCUCACUCCUUCAAUUAAUGGCGGGCAGACGCCGACUUGACCUCAUCGAGUGCAGACAAGGUUUCUCUAUCUCCAAAUUAGUUUAUGUGUAUGAUACCGUACGUGCAAUGACUAGAAUAAGCUCUUGGAUUCUGUUAAUCGCCAUUUAUUUGAACCCUUAUAUAACGGACACAUUGAUUACUGUAAGUAUUUCAGAUUGAUAGUGAUACAGCGGCAUCGAUACAAACUUGCUUCCGCAUCUCUUUGUCUUGAGGUUUAUGAACACUAGAUUAAACUGUUCGGUCGCUGGUCAACAUCUUUGUUUAAGCGGCUUCUCUCGAGGCGAACUCUGAUUUGCUUGUACUGAGGACAGAUAGCAGGACACUGUAGGUACUCAGAAUAGAACACUCACUAAAAUAUCUACUAGCUUAAGAAACAAGUUAAUUUUAGCAUGUAGAAGUUUGACGAUUAUUUUAAUGUAAAUAACAUCUCUCUCCUGGCGUUUCAGUGAAAAGUCAGAUAACUGUGCUGUUUGCUGCUUUUUCCUCUGCCCGGCCAGAGGGGGCUAGUUGCCUUCAGACACACGCGAGCUAUCUCCAGGUAUUUUUUGAGAAUGUGAAGCACUCCCUGCGUUCCGUGGAUAGCACACACGCCGCGUCCCACUAUCUUCACAUCCAUUUGAACUAGCGGCAAAGCAAAGACAGCGAGGUGGGGUGUGAAGAUGAAUUUCACCUCUCCGGUUGUUUUCAUUUGCGAUGUAAAUAUGUCUCGAGGGGUCGGGGAGUUGAUGAUCAAACUACCAAUAACUGUACAGGUGUAGAGCCUCCUGUUGACAUAUGUAAUCUUUGUUACUGACCACAGCUUGGAGUCUCCUCCUCAUUCUGUGUGGUGAAGCAGCCCAGCGAGUCGGGCUAUUGCAAGUGUCUCCUUCCUUAUUUAUUUGUGAUUUGGCCUUGGAAAUUAUGUAAUGAAAUAAACUAAAAGGUUUGUGUUGUAA